AUGAUGAUGGUGUCGGAUGACGUGAUCAUCGACGCAAAGGUCAAGGGGAGCUGGGCCAGGUUCCUGAAUUCCUCCUGCGACCCAAACUGCGUCACGCAGAAGUGGACCAACACGUCAGAUUCAGAGACACGUGUGGGAAUUUUCGCUAUGGAGGAUAUCAAGAAAGGUGAAGAGCUGACGUACAAUUACAUGUUCGAGCAUUUCGGGGCGCUGUCCGGAGAAACAGUCAGGUGCCUCUGUGGUUCCGCGAAGUGCGGUGGAACUCUGGAUAGAAAGAGAGGCAACAACGAGAACGUGCACGCGCGAGGCAAGGACCUGCAGCCGCAACCACCUAGAAAAGUACAGAAGAGAUAA